AUGAAUAUAGCAGCCUACAAUGCGACUGCAAAGCCUCGCUGCAACCGAGUCAGCUUCAGCUUCAAUUCGUCGCCAGAACUCGAACAGGCCUCGUAUUGUUCGACUCCUCAUAAUAGCUUGUAUUGCAGUUUAAAGCAGUUAACUCUGAGAGAGGUACUGCUAUUGAAGACGCCGACAGGAAGACAGGCUUACCUGAAUAACUUGAACGAAAUGCAGCCUAACUAACUAGCACUGUACAUUGCGUUUGUGGCAAAAUGUUGAGUUCCGAUAACGCGAUAGUAGAACAUAGUGAAAAAGUAAAGUGUAAAGUGGAACACCCAGUCAAAGUUAUGUGUAGUGAGACCGAAUCCAGGGAUGAACGGAGUUGAUAUUUUUCUAUUUUGUCAAGGCCGCUGGGAUACCUAAUGAAUACU